AUGAGUAUUGAAAAGUACACUUAUGUUGAAAUACCUCCACUUUCUGCUCUGACGGACAAUGGACCCUUGGAGUUCUAUGUGCCCAGAAAUGGUGAGGAUUACCUCGACUUGAACAACACCUUUUUACACCUAACCUGCAAAAUCCUGAAUGCAGAUGGUACCAACAUAGCUAACGAUGCAAAGGUUGGCAUUGUUAACUAUCCAAUAGCGUCGCUUUUCUCACAAGUAGAUGUGAUGCUAGGGGAUCGUCUUAUUUCUCAAUCUAGCAGUACAUACCCAUACCGUGCUACCUUCGAAUGUCUCCUCAACUAUGGAAAAGAAACCCUGGAAACACAGUUUUGCACCAGAUUAUUCUACAAAGACACAGCAAGACAUAUGGAUGCCACUGAUCCUGAUGGUCGAAAUGAUGGUCUUAAACAAAGGGACUGGUUUAGUGCUGACAGCAACACCUUUGACCUGAAUGGACAUAUUCACUCGGAUAUAUUUUUUCAAGAUAAAUUUUUACUUAAUGGCGUUGAUUUGAGGAUUAAAAUGAUUCGCAGUAAAGAUGAAUUUUGCUUGAUGAAGGAAGGAAAUACCAAUUUCGUUCUAAAAAUGCUCAACACUUCUCUUUUUGUGAAGAAAGUAUCCGUCUCACUGGCUGUAAAACUAGGGUAUGCGCAAGCGCUACUUACAGCCACGGCCAAAUAUCCCAUCGAAAGAGUUUGCAUGAAGACUUUCAGCAUGGCUGCAGGGAGUCGCAUUUGCUCACAAGAGAAUUUUUUCCUCGGGCCGUUACCUAAAACCAUGAUCUUUGGAAUGUUAGACAGCAAUGCCUUCAGCGGUUCGUACAACAAAAACCCGUUUAAUUUUAAACAUUACGAUACAGAGUUUGUAGCGCUCUACAUAGACGGUACUCAAUAUCCUGCAAAACCGUUUCAACCGGAUUUCCAGUCCGUGAAAUUCAAUCUUUAA